AUAACAGAAACUCAAUAUGAAAAUUAUUAAGUAGCAUACAUAAUAAGACAUCAUUAUUUGUUCCUUGUUGCAUUGAAAUAGCGAGUCUGAAUUUGGUUCCAAUUGAGAAGGAUUGACAAAUCGAGUCUGAAUUUGGUGCAGAGUAUGAACUGAUUCCCGUGUGCAAGAAUUUAGUUUGGUUGUGCGUAAAGGUUCUGAAGUGGGUGUGCACCAUAAUUGGAAAUUUUUACCGUACGAAAGCACAAACGAACAAUUCACGGAAAAGGCUAAGCAACGAAUCAUGGACUUAAUGCAAGAUGCCUAUAAAAAUUAAUAGAAAGCUUUAUCUAAUUGAGUAAAAGCUGAGACGUGGAUAUUCGCAUAUUAGAAAUGGGCCGAUUUGUAACGAAGACUUAAGACUAGCAACAGGCUAUUUUAAUUUAACCCAAGAAUAUAUGGAUAUCUUGACGCAUAAAUGUUAAGCGCAUUAAUGGCGCAUCCUAACGCUAAUGGUUUUCAAGGAGCUCGAGAACCAGCUGGCAUUAUUCCUACCGCUUAUCCUUCAAUAGUAAAAUGUUUCUACGAAAGUUUGGUGCGUGAUCAACAAAAUCAUCGCGUCAACUUUUUCGAAUAUGGAGGUUGGCAGUUAUCAAGCGAAAGGGUUGUGGUAUUAUCUGCCCUGCUCUUCGUUUGCUAAUUUAACUUUAACCGGCUCGUCUAAAAACAACCAGUCAGGAUCUAAGCGAACGUCUGCAAACCGAAAACUAACGUCUUUUCAGUCUUUCCUCUAUGGUUGUUUCUUCGACGUAUCACUUCGGCGUGGAAAACGAUACCCCAAAGUAAAAGGCUCCUAUAGGCCUAUUGGUCUCGCCCUUUUUAUCUGAAGGCGAAUUUCAUUAACACACCAUGUAAAUAUAAACGAGAAGAUUUUUCGCAAAAAUCUCUUACUAUUUUUUUCUUUUCUUUCAAUUUCCAUUUGUUUUACUUUAUUUCUACAUAUUAAACAAAUUUAUUAUGUUUAGAAUUUAUCUUCUCUAAAAAAUAAUGCAUUUCUGAAUUUCAGAAUUGCUAGAUAAAUUUA